GCCGAAUUUGGGUCACGGUAGGAUACAAUAUAAACGUUCACUAAGAUAAAAUCAAACAUACCCAAAUAUACACUUUCCUAUCACCAAAAUACAGAAUCUACCCAAAUACAGUAUACUCCAUUAAAGCUAUAUUAAAUUAAAAAAAAUAAUACAAUGGACACUUGUAUGAAAUUUGAACAAAGUUAUACACCCCCCCCCCCCCCAAAAAAAAAUGUUGACAGCUAUCAUAUCUUUAUCAUAUAUUGCUAGUAUAUUCAUUAAUGAACCUAAAUAAGCCAAUGUCACAAGAUUAUUUUCUUACAACAUAUGAACUGCCCAUUUCAACGGAAUGAAUGAAAGUUAUAGCUGCCUCAGAGUCAUACUAUUUUAUAAUUAUUAAUUCAUUUUCUCAUUAUGAUCUGUAUUUUAUACAAACAAAAAUGAAUAUUGCUAUAUUUGGGUAUACAUGGGCAAUAUUUUGGUAUUUCGUGCCGCCGGUCUGUGGCAGGUUUCGUGCGCUUACUGUAAAGGAUUUCGGAUAACAACUAGACUUUUCGAGUAUGCAGUGAGUGGCCUUGUAAGCAAAUCAUUGCAUGUACUGGCUGGAUAUGAGAUAUAGCUGUGAUAGAAACAAUAUCAGACCAGUUAGAUCUGACAGUUAACAUGUUUAUACAGAAAUUAAUGAAAUCACUGCUUCCAGCAGCAGACCAGUACUUUCUUAGUCUGUCACAAUGCAGAAAGGGUUUGAGUUCUCUCAGUGAAUUAAGAAACCAGUUUCAACAAUUACCAGGCGGCUCAGUAGACCUGACAAAGGAUGAGAAAUCCGGAAUAGCAACUGUUGUCAUCAGUAACCCAGGAAGAAAGAAUGCUUUUACUGGAAAAAUGAUGGCAGAUUUUUAUGAUUGUGUAACAGACUUGGAAAAGUGGGAAGAUGGAAAAUGUGUUAUACUUGCUGGUGCAGACGGGGCUUUCUGUUCAGGGGGAGAUCUACAGACAGUUCAAGCUAAUCUACAAAAUGGAGGUGGCAUGUGUGAAUUAAUGCAGAAUGCAACAUCAAGACUGUUUAACUUACCUCUUGUUAGUGUUGCUGCUAUAGAUGGACAUGCUCUUGGUGGGGGAGCUGAACUUGCCACAGCCUGUGAUUUUAGAAUUAUGAAACCAAAAGCAAAAAUAGGUUUUGUUCAAGUGAAACUGAAUAUAGCGCCAGGAUGGGGUGGAUGCACAAGACUUGUUAAGUUGCUUGGUAGAACAAAAGCUUUAAGACUUUUAUCUUCUGGAAUGGUAAUGGAUUCAGAGACUGCCUAUAGAAUAGGUUUUGUUAAUGAUAUAAUAGAGGAGGAUGGAGAUAUUGUAGAACUAGGUAAACAGUGGUUGCUAGGGAACUGUAUAGGUAAUGCUGCUGCUACUAGGGUAUUAAAACAAAUGGUGAUUGCUGGAUCUCAGUUAGGAGAGGAGGAAUCAUUAAAGCAUGAGAGACAAUUGUUCUGUAAAGUAUGGGGAGGUGAAUCCCAUAGGGAGGCACUGAGUAUGAAUAAAAAACAUAAUUAAUUAUGAUUGUUGGUUUUAUAACCAUUAUUUUAUUUAUGAUGAAGGUCAAGCAUUGACCGAAACUAGUUGACACUAAUAAAAUAAUGUAAACCUGUCCUAGUGUUGACAUGUAUUAUUCUUGUCUUAAAGUUACAUUAGUUGAUUACUAUUUUUAAUUUUUAUUUGUUACAACUUUGAAUAUAAUUUUUUAGUAUUACAGUUAUUUCUCUGGUCAAAUAAAUUGUUUGAACUCAAAAGUGCUUUUUUAUUUCAUAAUUUUAUGAAAGAAAAAUGAAAAAUUGUCAUUCCUUUUUUUUGGAGGUUAUUCUCAUACAGAAACUGUGUCUUUUCUGUCUUGUACUUAAUAUCAGCGAUGGAAUAAGAAUGUAAGAUAAUGUUCAUUGUUGAUAGAAAUCAUGGCAUUCCAAUUUAGCCUUCUCAAGUUCUGCAUUUAUUUUUAGCUCACCUGUCACAAAGUGACAGGGUGAGCUUUUGUGAUCGCUUUUCGUCCGGCGUCCGUCCGGCGUCCGUCCGUAAACUUUUACUUUAAAUGACAUCUCCUCAUAAACCACUAAGCCAAUUUCUUCCAAACUUCACAGGAAUGUUCCUUUGGUGGUCACCUUUAAAAAGUGUUCAAAGAAUUUAAUUCCAUGCAGAACUCUGGUUGCCAUGGCAACUGAAAGAAAAAACUUGAAAUAUCUACUUUUAAAAAACCAUAAGAGCUAGAGCUUAGAUAUUUGGCAUGAAACAUCUUCUAGUGAGUGUCUACCAAGUUUGUUCAAAUAAAAGCCCUGGGGUCAAAAUUGGCCCCGCCCCGGGGGGUCAUUGAUUUUCCCUAUAUGCAUAUAGUAAAAACUUAAAAAAUCUUCUUUUAAAGAACCCAAAGAGCUAGAGCUAAGAUAUUUAGCAUGAAAUAUGUUAUAAUAGGUGUCUACCAAGUUUGUUCAAAUAAAAGCCCUGGGGUCAAAAUUGGCCCCGCCCCGGGGGGUCAUUGAUUUUCCCUAUAUGCAUAUAGUAAAAACUUAAAAAAUCUUCUUUUAAAGAACUCAAAGAGCUAUGGCUAAGAUGUUGAGCAUCAAACAUGUUCUAAUAGGUGUCUACCAAGUUUGUUCAAAUAAAAGCCCUGGGGUCAAAAUUGGCCCCGCCCCAGGGGGGUCAUUGAUUUUCCCUAUAUGCAUAUAGUAAAAACUUAAAAAAUCUUCUUUUAAAGAACCAAAAGAGUUAGAGCUAAGAUAUUUAGCAUGAAACAUGUUCUAAUAAGUGUCUACCAAGUUUGUUCAAAUAAAAGCCCUGGGGUCAAAAUUGGCCCCGCCCCGGGGGGUCAUUGAUUUUCCCUAUAUGCAUAUAGUAAAAACUUAAAAAAUCUUCUUUUAAAGAACUCAAAGAGCUAUGGCUAAGAUAUUUAGCAUCAAACAUGUUCUAAUAGGUGUCUACCAAGUUUGUUCAAAUAAAAGCCCUGGGGUCAAAAUUGGCACCGCCCCGGGGGUCAUUGAUUUUCCUUAUAUGUG